GUAGGAUUGGUAGUUGGGAAACGCGUGCCGAUGACCUAAAGCAAGCUCUUCAUGGAAUUGACGCCAACCAAGGAAUGUGUAAAACCUGCGUCGUCCGCAUAGAUCCGAUUGAUGGCUUAAACCAACCUCUAUUUCCGUCCAAUUACGAGUUCAACUCUGAAAGUAACACGCUUCCAGCCAGAUCUUCACUCUUGCAUUUGACAAGCGCACGCCAAGGGGCGACGAGCCCGAGGUCAGGGAACUCAAGGACGUCAUGAACGGCAUACUGCAAGGCAUCAACCUGGGAGAAGAGGCUUUCCCGAUAUUGCAGUAUCUGCCAGAUGUUCUUGCGUCAUGGAGGAAAAGAGCGGCCGAGCUACCGAAAAGUCAGACGGGCAUAUUCAGCCGAAACAUGAAACUCGCAGAAACUUCCUCGCACUGGAACUGGAGCAAGGCUGCACAGACGUUGAAUAAAUCACUGGGUCUUAGCGAACCCGAGCUGUGGUAUAAUGUCGGGGCCCGCUAUGAGGCCGGGACCGACAGCACGGCGAUCGUGCUCGAAGUAUUCGUCAUGGCUUGUGUAUUGCACCCAGCUGUUGUGGAUCGGGCUCAUUAG